GUACCGGCGCCUAUAAGAGUGGGGGCGCAGCGGCCGCAGCCUAUUGUUAGUCGGAGCCGGGGCGGUUCUGGGGACUCGCAGCCGAGGGAGCUGGAGCCGCCCGCCCCCCGCCGCCGGCCGGCCCGCCCGCCCUCCCUCCCUCCCUUCCUUCCCCCGCCGCCCUCGGAGCUCCUGGGCCCGUGGCCACGGCUCCCGGGGCUCGCCUCCCCUUCCUCCCUCCCUCCUCCCUACCCCGGGCCUGGGCGGCGGCGGCAGCGGCAGCGGGGGCGGCGGAGACCUUCGAGGAAGGCGGAGGCAGGCAGCGGCAGCGGGGUCGGGCCGGAUUCUCAUGAGCCUGUCUAGCUGAUGGUGCAUGGGGGCUUUAGGGCCUUUGUAGUGGGCUCCCCAAGGAAGCCCCUUCAAGACCAAUGGAAGCAUUCACGAGCUCGAGUCUCAAGAGGAAAUUCGAAGAUGUGGAUGUGGGCUCUUCCAUUUCUAACUCGGAUGAUGAGAUCUCUAGCAGUGACAGUGCUGACAGUUGUGACAGCCUCAACCCUCCUAGCACUGCCGGCUUUACACCCACAUCUAUCCUGAAGCGGCAGAAACAACUUCGGAGAAAGAAUGUGCGCUUCGAUCAGGUGACAGUGUACUACUUUGCCAGGCGCCAGGGCUUCACCAGUGUGCCCAGUCAAGGCGGGAGUUCUCUGGGCAUGGCCCAGCGGCACAAUUCUGUGCGAAGCUACACGCUUUGUGAGUUUGCUCAGGAGCAGGAGGUCAACCACCGGGAGAUCCUCCGUGAGCACCUGAAAGAGGAGAAGCUACAUGCCAAGAAAAUGAAGCUGACCAAGAAUGGGACAGUGGAGUCCGUGGAGGCCGAUGGCCUGACGCUGGAUGAUGUGUCGGAUGAGGACAUCGAUGUAGAGAAUGUGGAAGUGGACGAUUACUUCUUCCUGCAGCCUCUGCCCACCAAGCGACGCCGGGCCCUGCUCCGGGCCUCCGGCGUCCACCGCAUUGAUGCGGAGGAGAAGCAGGAGCUUCGGGCCAUCCGCCUUUCACGAGAGGAGUGUGGCUGUGACUGCCGGCUAUACUGCGACCCAGAGGCAUGUGCCUGCAGCCAAGCCGGGAUCAAAUGUCAGGUGGAUCGCAUGUCCUUUCCAUGUGGCUGUUCUCGGGAUGGUUGUGGAAACAUGGCAGGGCGUAUUGAAUUCAAUCCAAUCCGGGUCCGGACUCAUUACCUCCACACCAUAAUGAAACUGGAGCUGGAGAACAAGCGACAGGUGAGCCGCCCAGUGGCCCCAGAGGAGGAGCUCCUGACGGUGGCCGGUGCUGACCUCCCAGGAACUCACGACUCGGAGACCCAGGACUUUCAGGAGUUCAUUGCUGAAAACGAGACAGCCGUGAUGCACCUGCAGAGUGCCGAGGAGCUGGAGAGACUCAAAGCGGAAGACUCCAGCGGCUCCAGUGCCAGCUUGGACUCCAGCAUCGAGAGCCAUCUGGGCGUCUGCAUCUUGGAAGAGCCCCUUUCAGUUCCUGAAGAGCUGUGCCCAGGCCUUACUGCCCCCAUCCUCAUCCAAGCCCAGCUUCCCUCAGGCUCUUCAGUUUUAUGCUUUGCUGACAACUCUGAGCACCCAGCUGCCCCAACAGUGAAUGAACCCUCUUACUUGAACAGUGGCCCUGUGGUCUAUUACCAGGUGGAGCAAAGGUCAGUCUUGGGGAUGAAGGAGGAACCUAAUUCAGAAGCAUCUGAAAUCCCCACUUCAUUUCCCAUAGAAAAGGAUUUGAGUGUCUUUUCUCUUCCUGCUACCUCACUGGUGGCCUGUUGCCCCACAGACCCAGCGGCCCUCAGUAAACCAGAGGUGGGGAAAUCGCCCACUUCAGAAUCCUUACUGCCAGAAAGCUGUAACCCCGAAGGGCCUGAAUGUGAUGAUUUCCACCCUACCUGGUCCCCACCAAACCUUCCGUUCCACACAGACAGUGAGGAAGGCUGUGGGAUAGAGCAAACCUCAGGUGGGGUCUGUGACCAGGACCAACCUCCUAAGGACUCCUCUCUGGCACUCCCUCUGCCAGUGUGACCUGAGGAACACUGCCCCUCUCCCAAUCUCUAUUUAUUCACUUAUUUUAUCUAAUACUAUUUUAAAACAAAACUGAAAGAAGCCACUGCUGCUCCCAAGUUAUUUUGUUGGGGUCUGUGGAGAAGGGGGUGGGGUGGGGGUGGAAGCGAUAUGCGGGAGUGGGGGGGUGUUUGUACAGAUAUUUUAAAAGAAAGGAAAGACAGACACAAGAAGACCAAACCCCAACUUUUAAUCCCUUGAAGGGUCUUGGUGCACGGGGGGACUAUGCUGUCUUAAACCCCCAAGAUUUCUGGCCAUUGGGAAGGAAGAGGCUGAGAUCUGACAGGAAGGAUUGAGUGACUCAAGCCACUCUUCUUCCAGGGGACCAGAAGGUGGGAAUCUUUGAACAGCCUGGCAAACAAAGUACCCCUUCCCUUGAAUUUCCGUCCCUCCAAAGGGGCCAGAUAAAAGCUCAUUUCCAUACAUUGUUGGUCUGACACCUCUUUUGUGGGAGCCUGGUGAUACUUCUGGUUUGAAUGUCGUGUGGUCCCCUGUACUAAGACAGGAAAGGGCCAGAAUGGGCCUUCUGCUGUAGAAACCUCAGUGAUUUAAAACCAGCCACUUUCCCAUUUGGUUAACAGGUUCAUAUUUGAAAUGUGUGAUGUUCUCUGACCUCCUCCCCACAGUGGCAAUCCCUGGUCUGUCACUUGAAUUGUUUCUCCCGAAGUUCCAGGGGGGGAGGGGAGGAGUUCCAGCCCUUAUAGGCCCUCUUUCUUCUUUAAGUAUUUAACAAAUGCACAACUCUGCCAGGAAGCUUUAGGUAGGGUGGUACCUUCAUUUCAUUCAAGAAGGUCUGCCUUCCUCCCUGGGGCAGAAGGACCAAGCAGUUAUCCUUUCUCUGCAUCCUGGCUAUGCUCAUUUACUCAGUCAGCUUCUUCUUUGGGUAAUCUGCUGUUGUUAAUGGGGCAAAGAAUGGCCUGUAACAGGGUCUGCAGUGAUGAGUUUUUGUUCUCCUUUUCUACCAUAACACCAAUCCUUCUAGGGAUGUGGGAUUAAGGGAAGAGGGAAGCCUUUACAGUCCAUUCCACAGUAGGAGCUGAAUUGCAAAUAUCCAUUGGGUCUCUUAGGUUUAGACGAUACUUUGGCUUGUUUUAAAAGCAGAACAAGCUUGUUGUGGAGUGCUAGGUUGUGUGGUUGCAAAUGCUAAGAGUUUUGAAUUUUAAAGAAUUGGAAUUAGAGAUAUUUUGUGGAGUAAUCUCUUGAGAUCCAUAGAGUUCCUUACUAAAGCAGAGAAUGAAAUGACUAUUUGUCUGUUGGGCUCCUAAGACCUGCUCCUUGGAGUGAAUGUCCUCUUUAUAAGUGAUAUUUAUCUCUGCUUUUCUUAAAGAGGAAGAAAGCCCCCUACUCCCCAUUGUGGUUAGCAAAAAGUAAAAUAGGAAGAACAUGUGCUAUGCAUAUGAGUUUGGUCUGCCUGCCUUCUUCAAGGACUGGUGGUUUGAAUUUAAUAUUCAUCCACAGCAGCAUUUGAACUGUAACCCCUUAAUUUGGCUGCUAGCUGAGUCUGAAGCACUUGCAUUUCGGUAAUUAUUUCAGCCCAUUCUGCAGUUUUCUACAUUCUUAAUUUUUCCUGCCUUGUCCAACCAAGUAUGGCAUUCCUUCCCGGAAAUAUGGUUUCAUAACUUGGUGCAAUUCCCCUGAACAGUUAGACUUAGAGACAGGCCAAGCUUGAGUUACCUUUACCAGGUGCCAUCAAUCUGUAGGGACCGGGUUACUGGUCGACUUCUCUAGAGAAAAGCUCAUUCUGUGAUUUCCAGGGCAGGUGAGGAUAGAGAGACACAUUGGAUCUAGAAAAAGGCUUUCCAUCAUAGACAUGGUCCAACCUGCCCCAUAUCCCAGGGCUUCUACCUGGAAAACUACUUCUUGCAACCUCUUUUUUUUUUUCCUUAACAAAAUCCUAUAUUCCUAACCCCCAUUGGCCCUUCCCUUUUGAGAGCUAAAUUGAACUGUCUUGCUGAGCAGUGAGCCUCGUCUACCAACCAGCCCAACUUGUUUCUGGUGCUACUUGAACAGAACAGCUGUGGCUCACGGUUGCUAGGCAGCUAGGUCACUGACUGCAAAAGCAGAUGGCUUCCUCUCUGCUGUCUUUACUUAUUUGGAAGAAGUGACUUUACAACCCCUCAAUGACUCUUUUCAAAAUUUCCCUCUGUAUGCAGGUAGUAAUUUUCAAUGUGAAUCCAAAGCAGCUUGUCUGGUUCUUUGCAUUUGGGGGGUUGGGAAGGGAGGGAGGAAAACUUUUAGGUUCUUUCCAUUGUGAUAAUGCUGUAUUUAAAGAAAAUAUUUAAAUGUAAAAUUAAACAAAUGCUCAAAAGA